UCGUGCACGCGCAUGCGAAGGUACAGCUCAUUGGUACAGCUGUAGUUUUAGUUUUGGUCUGAAAGAGUCAUACCAACAGCUGUGUUUGUGUGUCAGGUGUUUAAACGAACGUGAAUCGCACACACACCGCAGGAAUUCAGCUGUGUUUACAGCUCCACAGGUGUAAUGGCGGUGUGGAGGAAGUAAAGGGAUAAUGUAUCCAGCUACUAGUUACCUUUUACCGCAGGUGGUUUUGUCGACGUCCUGCCAUCAGGCAUGCAUUUGUCAUCGCAUUUUUGUUACUAGAGUGUAGCUUUUAAGCAGAGAGGUCAUCUCUUUGUUUCUUCAUAAGCUAUGUUUCAGAUAGACAGAUAGUCAACAGGUUGUUUCUAAAGAGGAGAACCCAUGAGCAGCUAUUAUGGCUAGUGCCCUUGCAUCAAAAAUGGGACUCUCUCUUCGGAGGAAGCAAGCCAAAAUCUUCAAUGUUACAGUUGUUACAAUGGAUGCUGAUUUGGAGUUCAGCUGUGAGCUGAAGUGGCGAGGAAAGGAUCUGUUUGAACUUGUAUGCCGGACAUUGGGGCUCAGGGAGACUUGGUUUUUUGGUCUGCGGUACGACGUCAAAGACACUGUGGCCUGGCUGAAAAUGGACAAGAAGGUUUUGGAUCAUGAUGUGCCCAAAGAGGAGCCUAUAGUGUUUUAUUUCCUGGCCAAGUUUUACCCUGAAAAUGUAGAAGAAGAGUUGGUACAAGACAUCACGCAGCACCUCUUCUUCCUCCAGGUGAAGAAGAGCAUUUUAGAAGAGGAGAUCUACUGUCCUCCCGAGGCUUCGGUGCUGUUAGCCUCUUACGCCGUCCAUGCUAAGUAUGGUGAUUACAACCCUAAUGUCCACAAGCCGGGCUUCCUGUCCCAAGACGAGCUGCUACCAAAGAGAGUUAUUAAUCUGUACCAGAUGACUGCAGAGAUGUGGGAGGAGAGAAUAACGGUCUGCUACGCUGAGCACAGGGGCAGAACCAGAGAUGAAGCAGAGAUGGAGUAUUUAAAAAUAGCUCAGGAUCUGGAGAUGUAUGGGGUCAAUUACUUUUCCAUUAGGAAUAAAAAGGGAACCAGCCUUCUGCUUGGUGUUGACGCUUUGGGCCUCCACAUUUAUGACCUGGAUAACAGACUGACGCCCAAAAUCUCCUUUCCAUGGAAUGAGAUCCGAAACAUCUCCUACAGCGAUAAAGAGUUUGCAAUUAAACCUGUGGAUAAGAGAGCAGAUGUCUUCAAAUUCAACUCUUCAAAGCUCAGAGUAAAUAAACUGAUUCUCCAGCUGUGCAUCGGGAACCAUGAUCUCUUCAUGAGGAGACGCAGGGUUGAUUCAUUGGAGGUCCAGCAGAUGAAGACUCAGGCUAGAGAAGAGAAAGCUCGCAAACAGAUGGAGCGGCAGCGGCUAGAGAGAGAGAAACAGUUGCGUGAGGAUGCAGAGAGAGCGCGUGAUGAACUCCAGAGGAGACUCAUUCAGUUACAGGACGAAGCUCACUUGGCCAAUGAAGCACUGUUGCGUUCAGAGGAGACGGCAGAUUUGUUGGCGGAAAAGGCACAAAUCGCUGAGGAGGAGGCCAAGCUUUUGGCUCAGAAAGCGGCUGAGGCUGAACAGGAGAUGCAGCGUAUUAAGGUGACAGCCAUUCGCUCUGAGGAGGAGAAGAGACUGAUGGAGCAGAAGAUGCUGGAGGCUGAGAUGAUUGCGCUCAAGAUGGCAGAAGAGUCUGAAAGGAGGGCCAAAGAGGCCGACCAGCUGAAACAGGACCUGCAGGAGGCCAGAGAAUCGGAGCGCAGAGCCAAAAACAAACUACUGGAGAUCACCAGCAAAACGGAAUAUUCGCCUGUGCCGUUGUCUGCCAACUCUCUUCCUGCCGAUGGUCCUAACUUCAACUUCAGCAUGGAGAACCUGAGUUUUGACUUCAAAGACACAGACAUGAAACGUCUGUCCAUGGAGAUCGAGAAGGAAAAGGUUGAGUACAUGGAGAAGAGCAAACACCUUCAGGAGCAACUGAAUGAACUGAAGACUGAGAUUGAGUCAUUAAAGCUAAAGGAGCGAGAAACGCCUCUAGACAUCCUCCAUAAUGAGAACACGGAGAAAGGCACCAGCAAGCAGAGCAACUUUAAAAAGCUCACUCUACAGAGCACCAAAUCCAGAGUGGCCUUCUUCCAGGAGCUUUAACCCUUCAGACACACUGGACUAUAAUGUCUGAAUCGGGUGUCUCACUGUGUUUUUAUCACACUGACGCAUUCCUGUAUUAUCCAACUACAUUCCGGUAAUGAAGAAAAGAAUAUUUGGCGGUAAAAUUUACAUUACACUAAGAGGACCAGGACUUCUCAUAAGCAGAACUACAGGGGCCACACUACACUUAUACAAACUCAAACUAUACACUGUUCCCCAGUAUUUCUUUGUCUGCAGGAGGUAAAAACCCCAUUAUAAACACAGUAUGGUUAUGCAGAGAACACACACUGACCACAUAUAUCUCUGCAGUGCUUCUUAAAAUUUGUCUCUCCAGUUGCGCUGCAGAUUUCUGUCUCUCUCGAUCAAUAUGUGUCAGAAUAAUUGGCUAAAGCAGUCAUAUUGCACCCUUGUGCCGUAUUAGGUAGGGCAUUUAUUCUUUUGGUCUAAUAUGGACCUGUCUGGUCGUUCAUAAAGGCUAAAAUAUACCUAAUUGCGUUACAUUUUAAAAGUUUACUUCUUUUCUCAGAGGAUUGCUUAAUACAGGAUGUCUUGGGGAAGCAAAACCUUGCUAUUUGGUAGGCCAUUACAUAUGAACCAUUUGGGGCAUUUAUUUUUUUUUAAUUGUUGACUUUGCUUGAAAUGUUUUAAAGUUUGUGAAUAUAUUUUUUGAAAAUGUGUUUGUGCAGAGGAUUAAAUCAAUGGAAAUUAA